AGCAGAUACUGUAGUGUUCAGCAGUUAGAGGGAGAAAAGAGAAAGGGAGGGAAGUAGUGAACGACAAUGCAGGGAGGGCAAGAGAGAGAAAGGGGACAGAGAGAAAGGAGGGGCAUUGACAUUCAUUCAGCCUGAAGAAGGAGUGGGAAAGUAAACAGCCCUUUCGGAGGCCCAGGAAGCCACAGGGAGAUGUGUUUCAAAUGCACCGGGUUUCAGAGCAGGAAGUCCAUGUGAGCUUGUCGGGGUUGAAUUGCCUAUCAGGAGGCGCUGAAGCUUUUCCUCUGGAAGACUGAGCAGAGAUAAGAAGGACCUAUGAGCACACCUCCUCAGCAGCCCAGGUGCGUUCCAGAAGAUGAUGAUGAAGAGAAAGAAGGUCAGGGAAAAACACUGAAAGAUGGAGACAAGACACAGAAAGACAGCUCUGUUUCUGCAACAUCAUCUUCUUCAGGGAAAGACAGCGAGCUUCAGGAGGAUGCAGGAAAGAAGACAUGUCCUACAGAUAUGUCAUCCUCUAGAAGCCCAAAUCAGCUCCUUUUUUGCUGGAACUGUUCUAGAGAUGCUGAGGCUCUAGCUGCAGAACCGGUAAAGACCGAAGAGUCCGCAGUCAGCGCAUUAGCUUCUCCUGGAGUCUCUGGUUCGGAUGAUAUUCAGACGGGCAGCCCAGAGGUGAUCUACGAUGACGUGGCAUGUGAGGACAUGUCUCCAGGAGAAGGAGACAUGAUCUAUGAGGAUGUACAGAAAGAGGAAGUCCCUCAGGGGCCCAACAACGGCUGGAGUUCCAGCGAGUUCGAGAGCUAUGAUGAGCAGUCAGACUCUGAGAAAGCAGCCUCCCGGAGCAAGCUCCCUCCUGAUGUACGUCGCCUUCGGGAACGUUGUGCCAAGACCAAGAGGGAGUUAGCCUCAAAACUGGGGGGAAAGUAUCAGAUGCACCAGCUCAUGAGAGCAGCACGCAGUGGGACUAAAGAUGGCCUGGAGAAAACCAAGAUGGCAGUCAUGAGGAAAGUUUCCUUUCUCCAGAAGAAGGACCAGUCAGAUGAAGCUGAAGAUGAUGCCGGCUAUCUGGAUGUGAUGGUUUCUGAAGCCAAGCAUCCUCCUGCACAACUGGGCCCAAUGCCAAAUGGACUCAGCAGUCACCAGAUUGUUCGGCGUCACAUUCUAGGCUCCAUUGUGCAAAGUGAAAGAAGUUACUUGGAGUCUCUCAAAAGAAUCCUUCAAGAGUACCAAAGGCCAUUGAUGGAGGCUGAACCUCGCAUCCUGAGCCUGAGGAAGAUCAGGCCCAUUUUCUUCCGUGUGAGGGAGAUCACUCAGUGCCACUGCAUGUUCCAGAUUGCUUUGGCUUCCCGUGUGGCAGAGUGGGAUGCUAGCGAGAAGAUUGGAGACCUCUUUGUUGCUUCGUUCUCCAAGUCCAUGGUGCUGGAUGUGUACAGUGAUUACGUCAAUAAUUUCACCAACGCCAUGGCCCUCAUCAAGAAAGCCUGCUUAUCCAAACCAGCCUUCUUGGAGUUCCUGAAGAAAAAACAGUCCUCUAGUGUUGACCGGAUCACUCUAUACGGUCUGAUGGUGAAGCCCAUCCAGCGUUUCCCUCAGUUCAUCCUCCUCUUACAGGACAUGCUGAAAAACACUCCUAAAGGACAUGUGGACCGUUUGCCCCUGCAGUUGGCUCUGACCGAGUUGGAAACUCUGGCUGAGAAGCUGAAUGAACAAAAGCGAGUGGCAGAUCAGAUCACAGAGACCCAACAGCUCGCCCGCAGCGUCAGUGACCGCUCACUUAGCAAGGCCCUGAAUUCCGAUCAGAACUCUUUGGUCCUGUGCGAGACACUGAUUGAGACCGUGUUCGGCGAACGUGGCCAGGUUCUCAAAUCCAAAGAGCGCAAAGUCUUCCUUUUCAGCAACAUGCUCGUCUGUGCAAACGUCAACGUAAAGGGUCCCCCAGACAUCAGCAGUCUGGUUCCAGUAGGGCCCAAAUACACCAUGAAGUGGAGUGCCCCCUUAAUGCAAGUCCAAGUAGUCGAGGUCGGCAAGGAUGCCCUCAUUCAGCAGGGAGGUGUCAAAAGGUCAGGCAGCUCUUCAACCCCAGGUAAAGUGAUCCUGGGUCCUCCUCGGCUCUAUCAAGAACUGCAUGAACUGCAGCAUGACCUUUCGGUGGUGGAGCAGGUCACCAAUUUGGUGGGCACUUUACAGGGAACGUACCAGAAUCUGAACUCCACCGUGGCACAAGACUGGUGCCUGGCCCUGCAAAGACUCAUCCGCAUCAAAGAGGACCAAAUACAGAGUGCCAACAAAUGCCGUCUUCGUCUACAAGUCCCUGGCAAGCCAGACAAGUCUGGUCGUCCAGUCAGCUUCAUGGUGGUGUUCAACACUCCGAGUCCACUCAGCAAGAUCUCCUGGGUCAACCGUCUUCAUCUGGCUAAGAUAGCACAGAGGGAAGAGAACACACCCGGCUGGAUCUGUGCAGAAGAUGACGGGAGGACAAAGGCUCCACUCUGGUGUCCGCUGCUCGCCUGUCGUAUGCCUGUCUUCACCUCAAAAGCCCAGGACUGUAAGUUAGAAGCUGCGCUGCACAAUCCAGUCCAGUGUGCUCUGCUUGGUUUCUCUGCAGCCAGCAUGUCGCUUCCUCAGGGAUACCUCUGGGUAGCGAGUGGUGGGGAUUGUACACCGGGUCAUGUGGAGAUUUUCUCCCUGAACCGAACUACUCCACGCUCAGUGAAGAGCUUUCAGGUGCGAGCUCCUGUUCACUGUUUGGAGUUCGUGUCUGAGCCUAGUCAUCCUGAUGACGCCAGGGCUGCUCUUCAGAACACCGCAGCAGCAGCAGGAAACACCGUCUGCGUCGGCCUGGAUGAUGGCAGUAUUCUGGUCUACGGGAGCAUGGAUACAUCAGCUCAGUGUCUUCUGGACGUCCGGAAUACUGUGGGUUCUCCUGUCCUGUGUCUCAAACAUGCUUCUAACUUCCUGUUUGCAGGCCUGCGGGACGGCACGUUGCUCAUCUAUGAGAGAGCGCCUGGAGGUGAAUUGUGGAACCCAGAGUCUUGUCGUAAAGUCUCAGUGGGUCGUGAGCCAGUUCGGACAUUGCUGGCUUUAGACGACUCCAUAUGGGCCAGCUGCGGCAACUCCGUCUCAGUCAUCGACGUCUCCAGCCUGUCCACUCGGAGGUUUGAGGCCCACCAGGAUCCGAUGGUGAGCGUCGCUCACAUGGUACGAGCCGGAGGAGGGGUGUGGAUGGCGUUUUCGGAAGGUUCCUGCAUUCGCUUGUUCCACACGGAAACCCUGGAACACCUACAAGAGAUCAAUAUCUCCACACGCUCCUUAUUCCACAGUUCAAGUCAGAAGAAUGUGAGGGUCACUAGUCUGUUGAUUUGCCAGGGCUUGUUGUGGGUGGGAACAGCCCAGGGCAUCAUCAUCACUCUGCCUGUACCAAAGCUGGAAGGCAUCCCUAAAAUAACAGGUAAAGCGAUGACCUCUUUAAAUGCUCACUGUGGUCCUGUGGACUUUCUGGUGGCAAUCAGCAGCACGUUAUCCCCAGAUCUGCUGAAGCGAGAUUCGGUUGUGGAAGCACCUGACUCGGCCUGUGGAGGGGAGGUGCAAACUGACUCCUCCUCACAGGAGUCCCUGCAGCAGUGUAGCAGCUCAUCAAUUGCAGAAAACAAGGGAAACCGGAGGAGUGUCCUUCUUCAAUACCGCGUUCGUUCCACCAUUGGUUUACCAGGACGCCCGCUGACCGCUCGAUGCGAUGGGUCCUCGGAUUCCUCGCUAGAGUCUUUAGAACACAGUCUCGAGGACGGCUCCAUCUACGAACUCAGCGACGAUCCGGACAUGUGGGUUAGGGGUCGGCCCUGUGAGAAGAACGGUCACAGGAGGGACAGGGUCAUGUCUGCGGCCAUCAUCUCGGGGGGAAAGGGAUUUAAAAGACUUAAGGAGGGUGCGUCAGAGGGUAGGGCGGAAUCGACUGAGUGCUCUCUUAUAGUAUGGCAACUACCGCUCACCAUAUAAAAUGUGAUUCCCAGGUUUUCUUCAGGAUGCAAAGAUUAUGUGAGUUGUACAGAUCUUAGCCAUCCAAGGAAUAAUCUGUUUUAUUUUCUUAUGUGUCCAGGUCUUGGUUUUGGUUUCUAUGGUCUAGAUUCCAUGGUAAAGUGGACUGCAAUCACACUGGUGGGAAAAAAAACAAAACAAAGUGAAAUGAACAGUUUUUUUUAGUUACAGCUGUAAAUAUUUAGUGAUUUUCACCCUUUGAAUGAAGGUAGGCGGGAAUUCUCAAAAGCUUGAUUGUGUGUUCAACGAUCGAUGCAGUAAUAAUGAAGAAACCAUUAGCUAAUGAGAAGACAAAACAGAUCUUCCUUUAUAUGGAUUUCCUGGAAACUCCUCCUGAAAAAUAAGUUGCAUUUUCAGGCCCUAAAUACAGCCAUUACACGAGUAGGGCUUAGGGCUGGGAUUGCAUUUCAGUGUAGCAUGUCUGCAACAUAGUAAUGGAAGUAAAAAGCAAUGCAAGUUAAUUCUUUAAAUAAAUAAAUAAAUAAAAGCAUGGUAUGAUUUGCAGUUGUGAUUGCAUUUCGAAUCAAAUGGAAUCUUCUCCAUUUCUUUUUUUUGUUUAACGUAGUAUAUAAAUCUGUACCUUAAAUUUCGCUGUCCCAUCUACACCACUUGUCUCGCAGCUCUUUUUUUUUAACAGUAUUAAUAGAUAACGGCGCAUGUGAAGAAAGUGUCCGAGAGAAGGGUAAGGCAUUCACCUUCAAAGAAAAACCCGUACAUCAUGAAACGCUUUAAAAUCCCACAUGGAUGUACCAGGCUUUCUGUUCUCCACCAAUGGUUCGCACGAGUAAAUGUGAGUUCAGGUUAAAUCCUAACAUCUACACAUCAUUGCAGUGGCUGUGAGAGUAUUUUCAGACCAUGAUACAUGCUAUAUUUCACUAUGUGCUGCUUGUGUAGCUUCUCCUCUCGAGAGGGAACAUCAUCCCAAACUCAGGCAAGGUCAAGAUGAGGCCUGAAGACACAAGAUGCCUUUUUGAGUACCUUGUCAAAUUAAAAGCAUAAAGUCUUCACAGGUCAAUUCCACUACUCUGGGACCGCAGUACUCGGUGAUGCACUGUGUGUACGCUCGACAUCUCGACAGCUUCUCCUCUCUACAGGGAACCUCAGAUCAUCCUUUUAGUGUCUGUGAAUGCAUUCGGCUUCAGCUUCAUCAUGGGUCAGUGCUGCUCAAAUGCACAAUAUUUCCUUAAGGCGCACAGUCAGGUCAUCCCUGGUGGAUCAUUUUCUUUGGAAUUUGCCAUGCUAGAGCACUACUGAAGGGUCUAUUUUAUUUCACAGCGUUUGAUGAAAUCCUAUCGGCAAAAAGGGCAGCAGGCAAAUUGAAAGGAGUUUCCAUGUCUCUGCUGUAUGGAGGCUUUCAGAGAUUUCUCAGCCCCUCAUUGAUAGGAACAUGAACUCGCUUUACUGUGAGUCCUUACUUCUUGUGACAGGUCAGCAGUAAAAGCAUAAAAAGCCUUAAGUGAAAUUCAAUUUGUGGACUGUACAUUGGAGGAACUGUAAUUAAAAAAAAUCCAUUUCAAUAGACUUUAAGAAAAUCUGCACUUAGCAUGUGGGAGUCAUUUGAAUUCUCUCCUUUUGUUACCCCUUGGAGCAAAUUAGAAAAAAAUGGAGGGAUUUCGGCUUAUUCUAUUUACCCCCACAGACAGUUCUUGGAAGUUUUGAAUCUUACAGCACAGCAUUGUUGUAUUCUCAACUCUGAUUGGUCAGAAAAAGUCGCUUGAUUUGCUAUAACAGCGGUUCUGACUAUAGUGCUGGUUAAAAUUCAAAUCACAGGUUAAUUCAAUUCAAUUUGAUUUGUAUAGCACUUUUAACAAUGGAUAUUGUCUCAAAGGAACUGUAUAGAGCAUUAGAAGUAUAGUACAGAAAGUUCAGGAUUAAUACUAGACUAAAAGUUCAAGAUUGAUAUUAGACUUGCAUUUAAAUUUAUGUGUAUUUAUCCCUAAUGAGCAAGCCUGAGGCGACUGUGGCGAGGAAAAACAUCCCUUAGAUGGAAGAAACCUUGCAAGGAACCAGACUCAAAAGGGAACCUCAUCCUCAUCAUUAUAAAUCAUUAUAGACACUAGAGAGUGUGAUUAUAAAUAAUAAUGUCCUUUCUAGUCAUAUACAGUCAAUUAGAGUUGAGUAACCAGGAGCUCGUGAGCAACUCAUGAAUUAGCUCAACAUCUGAGUUCAUUAUAGAUUCAACACCAACUCCUUUAUGCCGAAGCCUUCAGAUGCUCAAUGAGGGAGAUACAGCAUAUGUAGAAUGUUAUGUUGUGUAUUGAUUAGGGGCUUGUUGUCCUAAAAGUCCUCACGGGGUUGGAAUCUUCUCUUUGAAUGUCUGAAAUCGUUAUGAAGCGGAGCUGGUACAUCUCUGGAUUUACAGCAAGGGCUUGUUUGAAUAUGGUAUAGUUUCUAUAGCAACACAUCAUUAACAAACAAGCGACUUGUAUGGCAGACACUCCAGAUAAUUUACAGCAUUUGGUAGACACCUUUAUCCAGAGCAGCUUACAUUUUAUCUUGCUUUUUUUAUACAAUUGAAGGUUAAGGGCCUUGCUUAGGGGUCCAGCAGUGGCAGCUUGGUGGACCUGGGAUUCAAACUCACAACCUUCUGAGCAGCAGCGCAACAUCGUAACCACUAAGCUACCACAUUCCACAGCAGUAAUUUUAAUAAUAAUAAUAAUAAUAAUAAUAAUAAUAAUAAUAAUAAUAAUAAUAAUAAUAAUAAUAAUAAUAAUAAUAAUAAUAAUAAUGAGACAAAAACAAAAAUGUAUAACAAUUGAUAGGAUUUUUUAUUUAACAUUUAUUAUUUACAAAAGGUGUCUCCAGCACCAGUCCUAAGGUUUCAGCCAUGUACUGAGAAGUUUGUUCUGGUUUCUCAGUAACAUGAUAAGCCAUGUUUUGUAUUUUUUUUUCUGCCAAAAAUGAUAGAUUUUCCAGAAAUUAUUUUGUAAUUUCCUUCAUAUUAAGAAGCAUCAUCAUGAGAUAAUCGUAUAUCAACAUCCGAGAGCCGUUCAAAACGUGUUUGUGUCAGUGGAAAGCCAAGCGAAAUUUUCUUUAGUCAGCGAAAUCUGUUUGGAAAGAGUCAACCCAUGAUACCAACGUUGCCUUCGGCGUGUGUUCGAAAGCUAGGUGAUUUUUUUCGGUCGUUUUUUUUGUUGACACAUUGGUGGCGUGGGUGGUCUGCUCUAUUUUUAGCCCAAGCUUGGUGGCACGACUCCCUGUGAGGGCCACUGACAUGGAAUGCUUGGCUUGGGUCAGUUCUUUGUAAGCAGCAAUACAGUUUACAUACGCUUCGUAUUGGGAAUAUUGGUCAUAUUUUUGGGCGGCUGGAACGGAUUAUCUGCACUAACAUUAUUUCUUAUGAGAAAAUUCAUUUCACAAUACAAAUUUUCACCUUAAGAACACAUUAAAUUCCUAUGCCGAGGUUCCGCUGUAUUCUCCAUGAGCAAGCCUGAGGCAAAGGUGGCAAGGAAAAACUCCCUGAGACGAAAUGAGGAAGAAACAUGGAGAGGAACCAGGCUCAAAAGGGAACUUUAUUCUCAUCUGAGUGACAGCAGGGUGUGAUUAUAAAUCCUUCCCUUCAAUAACUGUAUGGUCAAAAUGUGUAACCCGGAGCUUUUGAGCAACAUAUAAACAUGAGCAUCAGCGUAAUAUCUUACAUAACUUCAUUAUAACUUGAACAUAAAUCUUCCUUCAUGCUGAAACCAUCAAAUAUAUAAAUUCAUGAUAUACAUUACAUUUAAAAUUAAUACCUUGUUAUCUCUCGAGCAGCAGUAAGCUGGAAACCAAUUUUAUUUCGUAGUACAUUAUAUGGCCAUUAAAUUAGAAACAAAUGAAAACUGCUCUGUGUAUAUAAUAUAACCAUCUAAUCUUGCCUUCUCAUGCAAUAACACGUAAAUCAAAUCAUUUCCAAGACAGAUAUACUGCAUCAUUUGGAAUAAAAGAGAGAGCAGGGUGUUUUACUUUCUCCAUUCUUCUCUUCUUUUCUUGCUUGGAUUUAUGAUGUAAGCUUUAGAACGACAUUUCCUCAUGCGGUUUCGCCCUAAGCUCCUUCCACAGUAACUUUCAUUACAGAUGCUACUGAGCCAUGCAAAUAGAACUGUGCAAUAUCUUCAACAGCACUGAGCUGCUCCAGGUCCACUGGAGAGGUGAGAGCCGUGCCAAGCUAACUGCUAAGAUUAAAAAGAAAAUAAUAGUACACUGGAAAAAUUACACUCUUUCAAUAUUUGGGCAGUCAGAUGUGUCAGAUUUGUAAAGGUGUUGUAAUGUAAUGUUGUAGGCAACACUGAAUGCACAGGGGUGUUUCAUGAAGUCCUGGUACUGCUUGUUUGUUUUGUCCCCACUCAUGCAGUGUUUAGAAUGAAUUAUGUGUAUAACUAAUAUCUUACGGAGAAGCAGUAAUUACUUAAAGAUGAUGUAAAGUAUGGUUAACUAUGUACUCGUGUCUGUUAUGUUAAUACGCAACUUGAUUUGUUGAAAUAAAUACAUUUACAAACCUUA